GUAGCGGGGUUUAUCUUUACACUUACGCCUCGCACAGUUUCCCAUCCCAAACUUUCCUCAUAUCCAUUCGAGUCUGACUUACAUUCCUACGCUCACUCGCAAGCCGUUCCAUGCGUCUUUCUUUCCUGCCGUGCUUUAUCCUUCUCGCAUCAACCACUCCUCAGCCUUACGCGAUGUCUUUCAUCCCUAAAUCAGCGAAGAAUGUGACUCGGGUCGCCGUAGGCGCAAAGGACUGGGUUGUCAAUAACCCCAAGACUGCGGCGGGUGUUGCAGCCGCGCCGGUUGUCGGGGUCGUAGCUGCGCCGUUGGCUCUUGGUGUUGCAGGUUUCACGGCGGGGGGCGUUGCCGCUGGAAGUAUGGCCGCCGGCAUACAAGCUGGCAUCGGAAACGUCGCGGCAGGGAGCAUCUUCGCGGGACUAAUGAGUGCGGGAGCUGGAGGUGCAGCGUUGGCGGUUGUACAGGGCAUUGCGGGCGGUGCGGCGGCCGCAGUGGCGGGAGGCACAGCGUAUGUGAUGAAGAAGGGGAAGGUUCAGGAUGAGGAUAUCAGAAAUAGUGAGGGUGGAAAGGGGAAUGGAAAAGGACCUGCGGCUAAGCUAUGAGGCGACCAGAUAACUUGAAGGAGAGGGCAGC